AUGGCGACUGACGGAUUUUUGUCGCAUCGUUCUGAUCGCUCUGCCACGAGUAGCUACCAAAGAACGGAACAAAUUUCACUCUCAAGCUCUCGUGGAUGGGGAAAGCAAGCAGCUCAAAGACUGAACACAAAGGAUCAAUUCAAAAACGACCCUCUUCUUCGAACUUUGGAAGGAAAAAUUGCUGUCAAUUUCGGUGACUACAAGCCAUGGCAACGGACAAAUUUGUCAAAAUUUCCCAGGGAAUCCACAGGUAAGAAGAGAAGUUCUAGUCGCCCUUUAUCUGGACUGACUACAGCGUCCGUUGGAAGUGGUCCUGCUUUUGCAAGGGAAGAAAGUAUGAAGAUGCCAGUUCGGCCUUUCAGUGCUGCCACAAGCACGGCUUGUUCAACGGUUUGUAAUCACCCAUGGACAAAGAAACCGCCUCCAGUGGACGAUGCUGAGGAGAAAAGGAAGCAGAAUUUAUUAGCGAUAUUAAAGGUAAUGGCAUCUUAAGUUCAGGUCCUCUGCUUCGUCUCAGAUGAAACUUAGUAAACCAAUUUAUUAAUAGUUAUAUUUUAUUCCACCCCCACCCCCGUUUCCAGCCUACAAAUCAGUAGAAAUCUAGUACAGUGGAACCCCGCCAUAACGAAGUGCCACGGUACCAAAAAAAUUGUUCGUUAUUGCAGGGUCUUCACUACAAAUUUUCUGGUUAACAGCAAAGAUAUUAGUUAUAGUGGGUUAAAAAUUUAGUAAAAUUACAAUAGCUAAAAAUUCAAUACUGCUAUUACAAGAUAAAGGCUGGUUUUCACUAGCGACGGAGUUGGCGUCGGAGUCACAAUCAGAAGAGUAGAGCUUAUGAUCUAGUGAAAACAGCAUUCUACUCAAAUAUGUUGUCUUUACUGACUGCUGGGAGCAACUGGACGAAAUAUUCAUUACAGCAGGGUAAAUUGUGCGUUGGGACCGUCAAAAUCUAUUCGUUGUAGUGGGGAUUUCAUUAUAGGGGGGUUCGUUUCCACAUAUUUUACUGUAAUUCUUCCAGGCUUUCAGUUGUUUUUCAUUAAAACAGGGUCUUCGUUGUAGCUGGGUUCCACUGUAACUUGUUUACUGAGGGCUUGAAAAAAUAUGUAACCUUGAUGGGUUGAAAUCUGAGCCCUGCGGCUAAGAAAAUUUGGUUCUCUACCCAUUUGAGACAUUUUGGUAGUCACAUGCCUGUUAACAUCCGUCUGACCUUCCAUCUGUGCGUCCACCCUUGCCUAGUCCCUUGGCCUCAUUAUGGGUGGCCGAUGCGUUUUGGGUCAGGUGGUCCGUUUCUCUCGGAUACGUCACCGAAAUGCAUUGACCGAGAGGGCCUGGAAAGAUGCCGUACAGGGACUAGGCGAUGUCUACCCAUCAGUUCGCACCACAGGAUUACCAAUGUGAAAUUUCACACUUUUUAGCUAGUGUUGGAGCCUGCAACCUGAUAUUGCACAUCCAUGUUGUGGUUAAUUGAAAGCUGUCAAAACAGGGUAUCCGCUGACCCAGUUUCACAUGAAGAUAUAGCUGGCUCAGGUAUCAAACCAUCAAGGUUACGUUUUUUUUUGAAGUUAUUCCCUGACUAGUUCCUAGUUUUUAACGGAUCGCAGGCCAAACUUCAAGUGGAUUUCCUUGCACUGGUUACUAGUUCACUGUUGGAAGUGAAUUCUAAAUUUAUAAAUGGAAGCUUUACUUUAAGCCUUGGAUAAAUCUACAUAUCUAAGUAGACCCUUAAAGCAACAGCCUUCUAUAACAGCAAAUAAAGUGACUUUUGUCUUAACAAAAAUAGUAUUGAAUUUUUUCUACAUCAGAUUCAGAUAAAAACAAGACAGAAGUCCAUAGCAGAAUAUGAAAAUAGGAAGAGAGAACUGUAUCCUUUUUGUGUGAUAUUAAAAAAUAAUAUUACAGUAAGUGCUCGAAGGGUGGGGGCACUCAAGAGAAGCUUUGGUAGAGGUAUGACACUGAGGCUCUCAAAUCCUGACCCUUUUUAAGACAACAAUCUUGCAUUUUUUUCAGCUAGGACAAGAGACCUAAUUUCAUUUCCCUUAGUCAUCUUUUUUCGCAUGCAAAAUUGACUAUUUUUCUUUUAAACUUACAUCAUGGAAUUUGAAAAAAGAGAACAUUGUAGGCACCAGACAUAUAGACUACCCAUCAACAACCUUCAUACUCUUUUAAAGGCUUCUAUAUUCCAAGGAGACACCCUAUUCAAGACACUCAAGAGUGAAAUAAUAAUUAUAUACCCUGUUUAAGACUCAAGACUCUAAAAUUCACACCCUGUUCAGUGGCACAGACCCAUUAAGGCAAAAUAGGGGGAUAACCCCCCCCCCCCUUCUCCAAAUGCACACACACAUACACCCUGGAACAGUGUAACUGUAUAAGAAAUAAUCUGAUUUUAUAACCCAGCCAAAUUGAUCAUGUGUAUGAUCACAAAAUCUUUCUAUUAGAAUGCUACGUCAUAUUGAUUUUCACCCUUGUGCAAGUCAAAUAAAUGUAAACUCAAGUUAAGUUUUCCAAUACCAUCAUAGAACUUAACACAAUUAUGUGCAUGUAAAACUUCAUAUAACUUAUAUUAUUUCUUUGCACAAGCAACAGAGUUUUUUACCAUUUGUGUCAAUUGCUGACAUAAGCACUGUUUAUGCACGAGUCCUUGACUGUGAAAAUAGACUGUUAGAGAACAUGAAAGUGGUUGAUCAAAUGGAAUCUUCUGAAAAUCAGAUUGUAAGUUUAAAAAGGAUGUAAAACAUGAUUUGCUAAAUAAAUUCCUGGAUUGAAGUCUUAGGUAAAUCUUAGGUGUAUGAUUGUGGCAUUCAAGUAACAUAAUUAAUACGCAUUUCUUUUAAUUUAAUGUCCAGGGCCUAAUAAUAAUAAUAAUAAUAAUAAUAAUAUUCUUUAUUUCUUAAGAUAGAAUCACAUAUCCUAAGUUACAAUUUAAACUCAAAAAACUAUUUACAUAUCAUAUCUAAAAAUUAUUCUGUUACUAAAAACGUUCUUAAACCUGUCAGUGUAGAUUCUAGGGACAGAGACUGACGUAUUUCUAAGAUUGUACCUCAUGUUCUUUUCCUUAGGUAAAAACUGGAAGAACGGACAUUCGGGGUCAUUCGAUCUUUUUUUGUAGAGUGUCUUGUCCGCCUUCUCUAGCAAAUCCCUGAUAAUUACAUUCAUGGACAUAAACUUUCUUUUCAUACACUGGUCUAAAAAAUUCUGUAUUACAGAAAGGUCGGAAUCUGAGGCACCAUAAACCGGCAGAGCGUAAGAAAAAUUUGGUAAAACUAUUGCGUUAAAAAGGUGAUCUACUUCCUCCUGAGACCUGGGAAGAUGGUCAAUUUUAACCCAGGAUUAAGCAAAAUUUUAAGAACUGUUUUCUUGCCAAAAGCGUGUAACUUAAGCUUACAAAAUACUGUUGAGCCUCUACUCUGCGACACAAUGAUUUACCCAAAAUGUUUCUCUAAGCAAUGCAUAGGAAAUUAAAUAACAAAAGUGGAGCAAAAAUAUCUUAAUCCUGGAUAGCGCUAAUUAAAUAUUAAAAAGCUUAGUUCUGGUUAGAAAAUGUACAAUCCCUGGUUACUUUUAUGACAGCCCUGAAUCUUUCUUCAAGGAAAAUCAAUAAGGCAAAUUUAAACCAAAUUAAAAGAAGUUUCAAUAAUAAUUGGAACAGAGCAGCCAAAAAAUUAAGUUAAUUUUCUUUUUUUAAUGACCAUACUUAACACUAUAAACUUAUACAAUAACAAGUUACCUACAUGUAGUUAAAGCUUCCUAGUGUUAAAACUUACCUGCAAUAUAUAUUUUAUGUUACAGCAUGGAGAUGUUAAAACAUUGCUUCAAAAAUAUGAAAGAUUUAGAGUAAGUAUAUUUGUUGAUGUUUCCAGCAAUGCCUCUUUUUUUGCCUGCUUGAAUGCUCAGCAGUAUUUGAUUUCAGACAAGAAUAUCUGGGUUAAUUAAAGACAUGAUGUCACAUUACUAAUGGUAGCAAGAUCUCUAGAUCACAACAAAGGGAGCUUUAGCAACGAUGACAGCUACUGUAACAGCAUCAAGAAAACCAAAAAUUAAAAAAACAAUGUGCAUCGUGCAGCCAUAGUUGCACGACUGCGACAUGAAACUUCCUAAUUUCAUGCGCCCGCUUUAUGGAGUAGGUGGACACAGCACAAAUUAAACUUAGAUACAGUCCUUUCUUUCUCUAAAUUUUGGAAAUCCAAAUUGCUGCUACUUCUGAAACAAUAUCGUAAUAUUUUUAAGAUAACUUAUGAAAAUGGAAGGUCAAUUAGCAUCAUCAGCAGUUUGACUUUUUCGAAACACAUAAAAAUUAUUACCGAUACUAAUUAUAGGAAGCUACCAAAUGAACUCAAUCAACCAAUAAAAUGCCAUGCGCAAGUCAAUACUUAGAUGUUUAACUAUCUGAUCUGAGAAAUAUUUUGACGGAGCUGUAUCUUCAUUAGUUUUCAACAAAUCACUUUCAAACUUGGCAACUUUACUAAUUAUUUUAAGGUGUUCUUUCCAGCCAUGUUAGUGGAUUUUGUCUAACUGAUUCAAGUCAAAAGUUGAAAAAACCGUGGAAGUGUCUAUCCUUCAUCAAAUAUUGUAUAUCUUGUCUCUAGGGUGCCAUGUCAACACUAAAUGAAAAGUUUGGGGAGGAUCUUGUUGUUACAAAGAAGAGACUUGAAGAAACAAGGAUGCUGGUCAAUAAGGAAAUUGCAGGUGCAUUAAAAUUAAUUUGAAAUAGUUUCAUCCUGUAAAAAUUAUAAGAAAUUCAAAUCACUGAAAAGUCCGGAUUUUGUCACUACAUUAUUUUAUACUACCAGAGCUUGCUCACAAACUUAAUACCCUUUUCAUCCCAGAUAAAUGAUUCUUUUCACCCACAUGGCCAGUAGCAAUGCAAAUUUUUUGGAACAAAAGAAAGUUAUUACAUAAGAAAAAACGGUCUAAUGCCUUCAGGAUUGAUUUGGGACAACAACAUGGCCCCCUGUAUCACAGGACACCAAUAUGGCAGACGGGACAUUAUGUGACAAUGUUCUAUAAGAAUUACACGUCACAGGUCUGUGACUUGUUUCCCAUCCCCUCCCCCACCCCCACAUGUACCAUAUAUUUAUUAUUAGCAGCUAUAUUCUUGAAGCUGUGCUCUGUCCCAGAGGGUGGGGGGAGCUCCUUUGGAAUCAAAUGACAAAACUGAUCAAAAAGCUAAAGGAUUUGGGGGGGGGGCACCCAGGAUUCUUUUGGGUAAGAGAAUUUGGCAAGUAUUUCUUUGUGUCUUGAUUUAUGUAAGGAUUUUGUGGUCCAUUUAAAACAAUAUGAGCAAGAUAAUUCAUGGAAAUGCAUGCAUAUCCUGACAGCAUAGUUAUUUCUUUUAUUGUGGCUUAUAUAAGAAGUUAAGUUUGAAGGUUUUUUUUUAGUUCAUACAUGUGCAUCAUGUCAAUUCUUUAAGGUUUCAAUGUUAUUUUUCCUUUCAGAAUUGCAGCUCCAACUGAAUGUUAUGGACAAAAAACUAAUGCAGAAAAAUGAAGAAAUGAAUAUCUUAUUAAACUACAAGGUAAGUGAAAGGGGGGAAAUGGUUCUGAGUUUUCAUUCUCAUGACAAUACACAAGUCGAGAGAUGUGAAUUAUUUCUUUGUACAAAGUAUCUAAAUAAGAUAAUUUAUGACUUUUAAGCUCUUAAACAUACUAUCGUUAGCAUACUAUCUUAAACAUUACUAUUGUUAGCAUUCAAAUGAAGAAAGAUAUUAAUGAUCUAUUGUUUUAACUAAAUGAUAUUAUGCAUCAGUCAGCGGCUUCCCCUGGGGCCACCACCCGGGGGGGGGGGGGUACUCCCAUACAUUACCUAUACGGGUAUGUGCCGCCCAAAGGGGUCGUGAUUUUGAAGCUCCUGGUUUAGAACGGGGUAUCCAUUUCAGACGCGGUUUCUAGAACGGGGUAUAAUAUUUCGAACGCAUGAAAGCUCUCCACUUUUGUAAGCAGCCAUUUGAAAGCAUUCAAGGACAGAUUGCUUUUAAAAAUACGGUUCAGUGCGUUAACAAGCAAACCGUUGUACUCUUGUUACACCCUAGAACAGAGUAUAAAAAUUGGCCCAUUUCUAGAACGGGGUGUUAGUUUUAGGGCGAAUUCUAGAACGGGGUAUAAAAAAUUGGCCUAUUUCUAGAACGGGGUAUCAAUUUUAGGGGAAAUUUUUUCUAGAAGGGGAUGCCAAUUUGGAAUCCCGGGCGGCACAUACCCACCCAAAAAAUACCCAAGUGCCCCCCCCCCCCUGGGGGCCACCGCCAGGACACCCACAGGAACCCAAGGGCAUUUGUCGAGAUUGUCAGAUAUUUGUUGCCCUAGGGUGUAGGGGAAACUAUCCCUUUUGUUCACAGAGAUUGCACUCCAGGGGGCAGCAGUGGGGGUACUCUCCUACAAAAAUGAUGUGGGUGCUUGUCGUACUUUUGAGGUAUUUAAAUCUGUAGACUGGUACCACUUAGGGUGCUAGAACCUAAAAUGACUGCUGCCAGAGUUGUCUCGGUAAGACUUAUGACAAAACUUUCAAAACAUCCUUGAGAGGAAAGUGUUCGAAAGUUAUCUUUAUUUAAUACUAUUAAAAUUUGCAGUGCCAGUAAUGUUAUACAAUUUGUUGCUGUUGAACUGGUACCUGUUUAGGGCUGGAAAUGAAUUUGGAACACGCCCAUAAAACAAGAUUCUGGUACCUUUUAGGGGUGUUCUUGAAAUAUUCUGACGAGCACCCCCGUUACUUUUUGGGGGGGAGUAUUCUCCCCUUCAGGCUUGGGGCCUCCAAAUUAUAAGUCCAAUGCUCUAAACACUCAGCCGUCUGCUCCCGUUUCAUUGACAGGACAAGGAAUAUCCUGCCAAGGCUCUUCAGAUUGCAAAGUUGAAGAGACAACAGGAAAUUUUAGCAUCAGCUUUUAAGGUUAGUGCUGUACAUAUGUACCUGCCAGCUAGACUGUUCACAGUUCCCUGUUUUUCUGAACAUUCAUGGAAGAUAGUCAGGAUUGGUAUUGACUCUAACUUGGGGAUGAGUAUAAAAUGUACUUAGAGGGCAGGGGGCAGUCUGGAGGGAUGCUGUUUUUCUCACCUCCUCCCCCCCCCACCGCUAUUAACCUUAUGGCCUACCUCCUCGGUACAUUUGAAAUCAAGAUGGCUGCCCAUAGCAGUAAGCACUUGAUCUGCACAAUCUUAAGGAAUACUAGGGGACUGUGAACAGUCUACCUGCCACCUAUUUUUUUAAUCAAAGGGAUGAUGGCUUGUAAUGCUUCCGGUUUCUGUAAAAGUUUUUUUUAUGGGACAGGGUCGUUAGACCUAUGUCCAGUCCUCAACCUGGAUGACCAGAGGGUCACAGUUUGUCUGGUCUCUACACUUCAACCUGUUCAGCAUAGGUGGCCCCUACUGGGAGUGCAAGAUGCCAGUCAAUGUAUUUCUAGGGGUUAUUAAGGCAUGCAAACUGCCCCAAGGCCUUAUACACCUAUUGGCGCAACAAGAAAUGAUGAUGAUGAUGAUGGCUUGUAAGAUCACCAAGACACCCUUCAGAUGACAAUCAUUCUUAAGGCGAUGUUACACGGGAUGAUUCUCAACCCUAGGGGGGAGGGGGGGGGGGCUCGGCGUAUGAAAGGGGUGGGGAUGCUCGUCGUCUCGCUUAGGGAUGUAAAUUUCGGAUUUUGGUCUCACUUAGGGUGUUCUGGACAAAACGCCAUCAUAUUUAGCAGUGGAGGUCUCGUUUAGGGUUGCACGCGAAAAAGUAUAAAAAUAUAUAUCUGAUAUGUAUAUUUUUUGGUCUCUUUUAGGGGUCAAAAAAAGCUUGAGCCACGCCCAGAUCGGUCUCCUUUAGGGGUUUAAUUCAAAAUUUCCGACGAGCAUCCCUAUAUGCAGAGUCUCCCCAGGAUUCUCAACUAGCCUGCUAGCAAGCUCUCCAUUUAUGGCGAGCGAAGCAAAUCGCGAGUCAGAGAAUCCGCCCCUCACACUCACAUCUCCUUUCGCGUGCUGCUCUCGCAUGACUUCUCGCGACUCCCUCAAAUGGAGAAGUUGCUUGCAGGCUAAUUCGCAACAACGGUUUUUAGCACAACACCGCAUUGCAACAUUGUUGCGACAUUGGUUUGAGUAGUUACAACGUUGUUUCAACAUUGCAACGCUGUGUUGUGCUAAAAAUUGUCGCUGCGAAUCAUACAAUGGAACAUCACCUUUACCUAGACAACCAUUGAUGGUAUCAUUCAACGAUAAUAAUUUACCAGACUUGUAAUACGUUGCAUUAUGCUAAUAUCACAUUCAUUUGUGUCUGACACAUAAACUCCUCUGAUCCCUGUUGUCAGGGGCGACUCGGAAAAGGCCUUUUUCAAAAUGUUUAUUAUUAUUGAUUUCAAAAUAGCUCUGAGAUCAUGAUUUUAGUUUGCUUCUUUCUCAGGAAGAACUGGAAGAGUUACAGGCUGUAGUUGACGCUGAGAGGGAAAAAUUUAGUCAUCAGAGAAAAACUGUUCAAAGGGAAAUUACGACACGAGUGACUGAGGUACAAUUUGUCUAUUUUAUUAGCCCACUUCAAGGCAUUUUUCUCGCCAGUUUUUAGGUAGUUUAACGCGUGUAGUCAAUGUUGACAGACAAAUCAUCGAAAAUGCUCUGACUUGUCCUUCACAAGCCAGCUUUUACACACUGUGACAGCAAUGAGCUAGUUUUCCUACCCCCUUCGCCCCAACCCCCCUCCCCAAUUUUCCACAUUUUCUUCCUACUGAUAAUUCGGCAUUUUGUCCUUCUCGAAGUGAUCUACUCUUCUUUUUUCAAACUGAAGAGGGACUUGAAAGAAAUUUAAACUUGAACUGGAAUUGAACCCAAGUUGUUGCAAAGAUGCUUAGCUUUUUAGUGAACACUUUGUCAUACUAAUAAAAUUUGAUAGGUGAGAAUUCUCGCAAUUUUACUAAUUUUACUUUUUUUACCUUUUUUAAAAUUUUGCUCUGAUUUUACCGGUCUGAGCAGUAUAUUCGAAGCUAUCCCUACAGAUACCUCUGAUAUGAACAUGAACCUCCUUUCAUCUUGGUCCCAAAGAUACCAAACUUCAUACAAUCCCUACAUUUAUUACAAUACUACGGCGUGAAGAUACAAAGGUUUUGUCGCUAUAAUGAUCAGUAAACAGGUAACGAAAGUUAAAGGGAAAAGUUAGCCACGUGCUACGGUUGAUGCUGGCCGUAUGCCUAAAGCGUGAUACUAAAUCUCUCCAUUGACUAUAUGAUAUGUAAUCCUCAUAAUUUCUUUGCGUAUUCCAUUCUCGAUUUUUCUAGGAUACAAUAAAUGCCAUGGGGGAUGAUAUUAAAGAGAUGGCUUUGCAAAAUAUGAUCAUGAAAAAGGUAAGUACUCGCGAAAGUUCUCCUUGUCGGAUUUUGUGAACUGAUGCGAUGUGAAACGUCAACAUCCCCUGGGCAAGCCCCCUCCCCCCUGGGUAUUUGAACUUUUUAAAACAGGCCUUUUCAAAUUCCCAUGAUUCCCGACUCCCCGAGCACAAGUGAUGAUCAAAUGCCCGGGGUUUGCCCGGAGGGAUGGUAAAGUUUCGAAUCGAUCGACACAUAAUCGUUAUUUUAAAUGUAAGAUGAGAAGAUUUAUUGUUUUUUGACAGGAAGUAGAAAUUCAUCGAAAUGAAGUAAAGUUGCUGGACGCUAACAAUACCAAAUUAGAAGCUGAAAUCAGGUGAAUGCUAUGUCAGUUUGUUUUUGAGAUCCCUUUAUUGGCUGUUUGAUCGCUGCAUCCACCGUUCAGUAUAUUCAGAGAGUUUUUUCGAAAGAUGUCAGAAAAUAAAACUACCUAUUGUCUAAAAUAGUCCAUCAUUCGCACAGCGAUAGUCUUGAUUAGUCAUGCCUUGAAGUGGGGUCCCGUCUACACGCAUCCGCUUUUGUUUGAAAACGAAUAUUUUUUUCUCCUUUUUCAAAAAAAUCCGCGUCCUCACGUUGCAAUUUUGAAUCGUGUACAGCAAAACGGUAUUUUCAAAAGUCUCCACUCGGGAAAGCGUUUUUGAAAAGAUGGGUUUCGGUGACCGUUUUCAACGAAUAUGUGUAGACGGUAGACCAAACCGGAGAAAAACAUCUCCGUUUUCUCGGUUACAGUGUGAACAUGGGUAUCAGGUCGUUUCGCCCGAAGGUCGAUUCGCCCGAUAGCAGUUCGCCUAGGCUAAGUCGAUUCACCAGAUAAGUAUUUGUCGUUCUUUAAGGCUGAAAAAAGGAAUAAGCAUGGAAAGACAGUGACUGCACGUGUCCUGCACAUGUGGAAUCCAAGGUUAACUAAAAUAACAUCUCGGAGAAGUAGGUUCACCAUGUUGUAGAGUGUUGUUUGUCAUGAGCGGUUCGACUUAAGUCCUAGCGAACGCCUUUGGGCGAAACGACCGCAAUUCUGAACAGGUACAGUGGAACGUCGAUUAAACGAACAUCCAUAUAGCGAAGUCCUCGAUAUAACGAACGAUAUUCCUAGCCCUAACAAUAGUAAAAUAGAUGGAAAAGAACCUCAUAUAACGAAACCUCUUUAUAGCGGACAUAUUUUAUCAUUCCAUUUAGAAGUUCCACUGUAUUCGGACCGUAGCGGAAGUGAAUAAGUAGGAGCGAGGACUGGAAAUCUACUGAGACGAAAAUAAAUAUUUAGGAGUGAUGACUGUGGUUUGUUCACUAAACCCUCCCAGCCAACCGCUCCGGUGCAAUGUUCGAUGUAUGUCAACGACAGUUCUAUGAAGGCUUUUCGUACCGUCACGAAAGGCUGUCCGGUAUUGUGAGUGAACAUAGCCUAAACGGCUCGUGCUCCACCCAAGGUUGUCAACUUCCCUUGUGAAAUCAUAGCAUGCAUUUCUUUGAACGCAUUAUAACUUUGUGUAAAAACUUUGCAGAGAGAUGCUGGACAGCCAAGCAUUGAAUACACAAGCUCAAAUAUUCCCUGAAGUUUUCGGGAAAAGGGAAAAGUGAGUAUGUUACAAAACAAAACGGACUACAACAUGAUGAACAGCAUUAAGUUGUGUUGACAGUAAUUCGCGCCUCACUUGGUUCAUUAUGAUUGAUCUAUCGUCUUGCGCACGACUUUCUGGACCCAUCGUGACUCGCUCGCACGUUUUAACUCGUGAAUACCCGCUGCCCGAAAUGAAAACGAUAUAUCUUCGUUGUUGCCGAAGUGUCGAAGUGCUCUGAAAGUAGAGAUGUACAGCCGCGCGAGAGGUAAAGUGAGAUCAAAGAUAGGGGAGAGGCGAGAGAAACAAGGCAGAAAACCUCGGUUCUACUUUUGCGCAGCUGUAUAUCUUACUUAAGGUACUACCAACGAAAAACACCAUAAAAAAUCCCGCAAUCUUGGUAUAACAAUAAAACGGAGUAACAAAAAUAUGGAAGCUACUGAUUACGCAAGAUAAACCAUACACGGUAGCUGGAUUUUUUAGGGGGGAAGUUAAAAUAAAUAUCUAUUUCAUUGCGUCAAUUCUCUAUUUCAAAACAAGGUAUUCACGAGUUUCCCAUGAUUUUAACUUUGAUUUUUCUUUCUUUAGGUGUACACCGGAUAUGGAGCUUCAUCUUGACAUACCAACACAUGACUGGCUGCCAAUAUAACAUCUCGACCUUGCUGUUUACAGAGAAAUUUAAAAUUUAUAAAAGAUAAUUUACAGCUGUAGACAAUGUACAUAAAAACUAGUAUUUAGUUGUGGAAACAAGACACAAAGACCACAUUAGGGCCAUUUAUACGAGGAAAAAUAAGACGCGUCUUACAUAAGACGCGAACUGUACCAUUUAUACGA